CUCAGCAUCAGUGCCUGGCUGGUGGAGUGGGCGUGUGGAUGUGACUCUCGUGGCAAUAUCGCGUGGAGCAGGGAAAGCAAAGCGGAAGAUAGUAGCUGAGCGAUGGUCCGUCGACUCUUUGUGACACAGGCGUGCGUGACGAUAUUGGCGGUGGUGGUGCCUUCUGCUCAGAGCCUUCCCUCCCCCACGCCCUCACCCAGGCCGACUUUCAACCCCGGGGGCAACGGAGAGCAAAGAUCCAUCGGGGGUGACUUAGAUGACGAAGGAGUGUGGCCGGAGAGUACAGACAUCCAUCAAAUUGGGUUUCUGUUUGGAUUUUUCCCGCCUUUCCCCAGACCCUUUCCCCCAGUGGCGUCCCCGAAACCUCCACGACCUCCCCCGCCACGCCGCCCACCCAAGCCCGCCCCACCGAGGCCGCCAAUCAACCACCUCUAUGACGACUACCAUGAACCACCCGAGCAUGGUUUUGACUUCCACUCUCAUGAUUUCUUCGGAUCGUCUGGCUUCCCGCAGCCGGAGGAGGAACAUAUUGAGUAUACUGAUGGACCUCACCACCUUGAUCUUCACCAUCCAGACCCACACCACCAGGAACAUCACCACCAACCUCCACCUCCUCACCACUCAGAUCCUCCUUCUAUUCACCACCAUCACCAUGAAAUGUCCUCCCCUCAUUCUCAUAAUUCAUACGAGGAAGAGUCACAUCCUCCUCCUCCUCCUCCUCCUCCGCAUGACAGCCAUAACUCCAUCCUUCACUCCUAUCCUUUCCCUGACUCCAUCUACAGGUAUCAGGUUCCCGUGAAGGACGUGAGCAACCCCAGGGACCACGUUCAUGAUGGCCUUGAACCUGCAGGAUACGAAGGACUCACUGAGGAAGACGUGCAGUUCAUUAAGGAUAAAACUAAGGAUUAUAUAUCAUCUUUGGCUUCCUCUUCUUCUUGAUCUUGUUCCUACUGUUUAUCCUCGUCCUCCUUCUCCUCGUUUUUUUUCUGAUUUUCUGAUUUUUUUUUUCUUCCUCCUUCCCCUCUUUUGAAUUCGUUUCUCUCUCUCUCUCUCUCUCUCUCUCUCUCUCUCUCUCUCUCUCUCUCUCUCUCUCUCUCAGUGUUUGUUAAGAUUUUAGCAGGUUUAUAUAAUGUUAAGGAGUUAUUGUUACUUCUUUUACUUUUCGUGCUAUUAAGAGAACGAUGGAAAUGUGUGAGUGUGUAUCCAUGCAUGUGCUACGUUUGUAUGUACUGUUUGUGUGUGUGUGUGUGUGUGUGUGUGUGUGUGUGUGUGUAUGGAUGAUAUGUAAAAAGAAAUGCAGUAGCAGUGAAGCGUCGCAAAAUAAAUGAUGUGAUUGUUAUAUGAGUUGUUUUUGCUCUCAUUAUUGUUGUUGUUGUUGUUGUUGGUUAGUUGGUUGGUGUUUGUUUCUCUUUCGUUCGUUCAUCCUUUUAUUAU